AUGUCCGGAGCCCUUGAUGUCCUGCAGAUGAAGGAGGAGGAUGUCCUCAAAUUCCUUGCUGCGGGAACCCACUUAGGUGGCACCAACCUUGACUUUCAGAUGGAGCAGUUCAUCUACAAAAGGACAAGUGACGGCAUCUACAUCAUCAGUCUGAAGGGGACCUGGGAGAAGCUGCUGCUUGCAGCUCGGGCUAUUGUUGACGUUGAGAACCCUGCUGAUGUCAGCGUCAUCUCCUCCAGUGGAGCCACUCCGAUUGCUGGCCGUUUCACCCCAGGGACCUUCACUAACCAGAUUCAGGCAGACCUUCAGGGAGCCACGGCUUCUAGUGGUGACGAUCGCAGGGCUGACCACCAGCCCCUCACAGAGGCGUCCUACAUGAACCUGCCCACAGUUGCCCUGCGUAACACAGACUCACCUCUGCGCUACGUGGACAUCGCCAUUCUGUGCAACAACAAGGGAGCUCACUCAGUGGGCCUGAUGUGGUGGAUGCGGGCCUGGAAAGUACUGCGGAUGCGUGGCACUAUCUCCCAUGAGCACCCAUGGGAGGUUAUGCCUGAUCUUUACUUCUACAGAGACCCAGAGGAGAUUGAGAAGGAAGAACAGGAUGCUGCUGAGAAGGCCGUGACAAAGGAGGAGGUUCAGGGUGAAUGGACUGCACCAGCUCCUGAGGUCACUGCUGCUCAGCCAGAGGUGGCUGACUGGUCUGAGGGUGUGCAGGUGCCCUCGGUGCCCAUCCAGCAGUUCCCUACUGAAGACUGGAGUGCCCAGCCAGCCCCUGAGGAUUGGUCAGCAGCUCCCACAGAGCUGGCCACCGAGUGGGUUGGAGCCACCACUGAGUAG